AUGGUUAACCAGGGAUAUGCUGAAAAAGUGCCAACGCUUGAGCGACAUGAUGGUAAGGUUUGGUACAUUCCGCAUCAUGGAGUGUACCACCCCCGUAAAGACAAGUUGCGGGUUGUAUUUGACUGUGGAGCAGAAUUCAAGGGAACUUCUUUAUACUAUCAGUUGUUGCAAGGCCCUAACCUCACUAGCUCAGUGAUUGGAGUUCUUUUAAGGUUUAGGCAGGAACCAGUUGCCUUCAUGACUGAUGUUUGGGCAAUGUUUUAUCAAGUUAGAGUGACUGAUGAGGAUAAAGACUUCCUUGGUUUCCUGUGGCGGCCUGAUGGUGACGUAACACCAGAUAUCAUUGAACUUCGAAUGACUGUUCAUUUAGUUUCAUCACCCAGCUGUGCAUGCUUUGCUCCAAGAAAGACUGCAGAAGAUAAUCAACACAAUCUCCAGGUGGAGUCUCCUGAGGGAGUGACAGAGGGAGAUGCAGUCCAUCUAACAUGUAAAAGCAGCUGCACUCUGACUGACAGAGCAACAUUCAUCUGGUACAGAAACUCACAGCCAUUACCUGAGAGGAGAGACAGAAACAAUCAACUCCUGCUGCAGUCAGUCAGAAGAGAGGACGCAGGCAGAUAUAGCUGUGCUCCACAUAUCAUGUAUUCUCCAAAGGAGACGUUUGUAGCGGUGAGUCCAUGUUUUGACAUAGUGGAGGGAGAUUCAGUGACAAUGAUCUGCAGCAGUGAUGCAAACCCACCUCUAAAAAUCAACUGGUUUAAAGGAGGAACGUUUGUAGGAUCUGGAAGAAUCUACAGCAUCUCAAAGAUCAGAUCUGAUCACAGUGGAGAAUACAAGUGCAAGUCCAUCAAUGAACAUGGAGAGAAAUACUCUGAUGCUGUGACUUUAAACAUCAUGUACCCACCAAAAAACAUCUCAUUGUUCAUCAAUUCAUCUGGUGAAAUAGUGGAGGGAGAUUCAGUGUCUCUGAUCUGCAGCAGUGAUUCAGACCCACCUGGAGAGAUCAGUUGCUUUAAAGGAGGAACGUUUGUAGGAUCUGGAAGAAUCUACAACAUCUCAAAGAUCAGAUCUGAUCACAGUGGAGAAUACAAAUGCAAGUCCAGAAAUCAACAUGGAGAGAAAUACUCUGAUGCUGUGACUUUAAACGUCAUGUACCCACCCAGGAACAUCUCAGUGUCCAUCAGUCCAUCUGAUGAAAUAGUGGAGGGAGAUUCAGUGACUCUGAUCUGCAGCAGUGAUUCAAACCCACCUGCUCUGAAUUUCAGCUGGUUUAAGGAGAAUCAAAAAUCAGCUGUUGGAUCUGGUCAGGGUUUCAGUGCACUACAGAGUGGACGCUUCUACUGUGAGGUUCACAAUCAGCAUGGAUCUCAGCGAUCAGACGCUGUUACUGUCACAGGGCAAUUUAUGCAGCAUCAGCCCUCACAAACAUACAAGUUUUAUAAAAACAUCACAAUAACACAACCAUGA